AUGGGCGCUCUCCAGUUUCUUAUCAUGGGCGUCACUCACCCAGGAGAGCUCCGCUCCAUGAUCGGGUACAAGAUCUGGCGCGACACUCGCGACAUCACCAACCCCAAAGAGUUUGCCGACACUGGCUACGACCGCGAGUCGAUGAAGCGCUGCUGGGAUUUCCUCGACCAGACUUCCCGCUCGUUCUCCAUGGUAAUCAAGGAGCUCGAGGGAGAGCUCGCACGAGUCGUCUGCCUCUUCUACCUCGUCCUUCGUGCCCUCGACACGGUCGAGGACGACAUGACUGUCCCCAACUCUGUCAAGCUCCCUCUCCUCCGCGAAUUCCAUCUCAAGCUCCACGAGCCCGGGUGGACGUUCAGCGGCUCUGGCCCUAACGAGAAGGACCGCGGCGUUCUCGUCGAGUUCGACAUUAUUCAGAAGGAGUUUGCCCUCCUCGACCAGAAGUACCAGCAGGUCAUUGGUGACGUGACGCGCAAGAUGGGCAAAGGGAUGGCCGACUUUGCCGCGCUCGCGACCCCAGAGCUACCCGUGGCGGAGGUUAACUCGAUCGCAGACUACGACCUGUACUGCCACUACGUCGCCGGCCUCGUCGGCGAGGGCCUGUCCGGCCUCUUCUCCAGCUCGGCCAAAGAGCGGGCGUUCCUCAAGGACCAGCUCACGCUGUCCAACUCGAUGGGUCUGCUCCUCCAGAAGACCAACAUCUACCGCGACAUCAAGGAGGACGUCGACGAGGGUCGAGGGUUCUGGCCCCGCGCAAUCUGGGGCAAUUACGGCUUCAACUCCAUGAAGGAGUUGACAGACGAGUCGCGCUACCGUGAAGCGCAGUGGGCUGCCAACGAGAUGGUGCUCGACGCCCUGCGCCACUCGUGCGAUGCCCUUGACUACCUCACUCUUCUCAAGAACCAGAGCGUGUUCAACUUUGUGGCCAUCCCGGCCGUCAUGGCCAUGGCGACGCUCGAGCGCUGCUUCAUGAAUCCAUUGAUCUUCAAGCAGAACGUCAAGAUCCGCAAGGGCGAGGCCGUGCAAAUUAUUUUACGCUCGACUAACCCCCGCGACGUCGCUUUCAUGUUCCGCGACUACGCCCGCAAGAUCCACGCAAAGGUGCCCAAGGACGAGCCCAACAUGUUGCGCUUCUCAAUCUCGUGUGCCCGCAUCGAGCAAUGGUGCGAGCAUCACUACCCGUCGUUCCUCAUGAUCCAGAGCGGCGGCGAGGGCAAGGCCACAACCGGCAUCGACCCCAUGAGCACGGACGCGCGCGCACCUCUCUAUCUCGAUCUUGUCAAGAAGGCGCGCGAGCAGGCUGAGGCGGACAGGCGGGAAAAAUUCAUGGACGACCUGCGGGCGCGCGGCAUCAUCAAGCCCGCCGCACCCGAGACUGAGGAGCAGAAGCGCGAGCGCGAGGAGCGCAUCAAAAAGAUGGAGAACGAGCCGUUCCCGUGGCUCAUGAUUAUCGGUAUCAUUGGCGGACUCAUCGCAGUCAUGGUCGCCAUGGGCUACGGCGUCAUUACGCUCGUCAUGAAGUACUCGGACGUAAGUGCUGCUGCAGGAGUCUAG